GUAUUGACAGGAGGAUUCGCCACCAUUGCAGGAACAGUUGUCGCAGCUUUCAUCAAUUUCAAGGCCCCAGCAGAACAUGUACUAUCGGCAGCGAUUAUGAGUGCCCCAGCAGCUCUUGCAAUUGCCAAACUUAACUUUCCAGAGACGGAGGAAUCUUGUCUUGUUACCCAAGAUGAUGUAAAGCUAGAGAAAGGGAGCGAGAGGAAUAUUCUCGAAGCCGCGAGUAAUGGAGCAGUAGCUGCCAUUAAACUUGUUGCAGGCGUUGUGGUGAAUCUCAUAGCCUUCAUAUCAUUACUAGCAUUCUUAAAUGCAACAUUGUCUUACCUUGGUUCGAUAGUUGGUUACCCGGAAGUCAGCUUUGAGUGGAUAUGUUCUUAUGUGUUCAUGCCAGUUGCGUUCAUGAUGGGCAUACAAUGGGAGGAUGCAGGCAAGGUGGGGAGUCUUAUAGGAACAAAGAUCUUUCUGAAUGAAUUCGUAGCAUAUAGUAGACUUCAACCCCUGGUUGACGCUGGUGAAAUUUCGACCCGCUCUGUUGUUAUAGCGACGUACGCAUUGUGUGGGUUUGGAAGUGUUGCUGCCAUAGGGAUCAAUCUGGGUGCGCUGGGUGCCAUGGCUCCCCUGCGACGCUCAGAAAUGGCUUCAAAAAUGUUACGCGCAAUGAUUAGUGGAAAUAUUGCGUGUUUCAUGACAGCUUGUAUUGCAGGUCUCUUAUACGUAGACGGUGAGACAAUAGACAUAUUAAGGUCAGCCAAUGGAACAGCUAUACUCCAAUCAACAACAAUAUCAGCCUGAUAUUAGAACUUAGUAUUCAGUUACAAAAAAUAUACUUGGUGAUGGUGAUUAAUAGGAUUCCUUGAUUGUAUGCGAUAUUGGAACGUGAUAAGAUGAUACAGUAAGGCCUGCAUUGCUUUUCUGACAUCUUACAUUGGGUUAUUGAAUAUAAGUAAAUUAUUUGUCAAAAUUGGUAUGAGUUUAGCCAAAACAUUGGUCACAGUAGUCACUGUUACAUACUGUUCCCCUUGUCCCCUGGUAAAAUAAACUGCUUGGUGUGUGCGACAUUCACCUGGAGAGAGACCUAAAUCUCCAACGCGAUAGCUUCUAAAGGAAUUAACACAGUUGAUCUACGGCUUUGAUCUGAUACAGACGUUAAUUGAUAUUG